GACCGAAAGCGGCAAGUCAGCAGCGAAAACCGGGCAUGAAUUAGUGUUGCACACGGUUGUUUUGUUUACCACCACUUAAGCCUCGAUAACUGCUAACGCAAACGCACCGUUUGACCUAAUUGCGGCGGAACUGCUUUUAGAAUAACAUGAAGCCUGCAGUGGAUGAAAUGUUUCCUGAAGGAGCUGGUCCCUAUGUGGACCUGGACGAGGCAGGAGGCAGCAGCGGUCUGCUUAUGGACCUGGCAGCUAAUGAAAAAGCUGUGCACUCCGAUUUCUUUAAUG